UUGUUUACAUACAGCAUUAACCUAACCUAACGUGUACAACUGCGCAUCGUAUACGGUCACGGUCAGGGACGAUCGGGGACGAUCGGAGAAGUUGUUCACUUUCGUCUCCGACUCGCCCAGACUGUCCCCGACCGUCCCUGGAUUGUAAGGUGAACAAAUCUUAUAUGUCUAUGAUCAACCAUACAUACAUACAACCUCUACCUUCUAGACAACCUCGUGUUGUCGUAGUGAUGCUGUUUUGUGGUAACGAAUAAUGUUUACAAGCAAUUUUCUAAUUGCGUCCUGCUGUACACGAUAUAGAAAUUUGAUCAGGUUGCUUGAAUCUUCGAACAGAAUUUACCAUCAUUUGCAAUACCCUGCUAUUCGAGGAUGCAGCCAGCAAACUUCAUCUCAAGCGAUUUCCAGCUUUCAGGCAUCUAAUGAAUCGCAAUUUUAUAAGGCAGUUAACAAAUUUGUCUGUCGCUCCCAUACUUGCGGAGAAUUAGGAGUUUUAAAUGUCGGUCAGAAGGUGAAGGUUUGUGGAUGGUUAGAAUUUCAAAGAAUGGGAAAAUUCUUCGUUUUGCGAGAUGCUUAUGGCUCUUUACAGUGCCUUAUACCUGAGCAGAGAGAAGAUUUGUCUAAUAUUUUGAAAAACUUGUCGUAUGAAAGCGUCCUUGGCGUAAUAGGUGUUGUCGUAUCAAGACCUAAGGAUAAAUGUAAUUUGAAAAUGAAAACGGGAAGUAUUGAGGUUCUUACAGAGGCUGUAGACAUUUUAAAUUUAGCGACACAACAGUUACCAUUUUCCAUUAGAAAUUAUAGCAAAGCUAAGGAAUCGCUUCAACUACAAUACAGAUAUCUAGCACUUAGAUUUCAAAAGCUGCAAAAAAAUUUAAGGAUUAGGUCAUGGAUGAUUAUGAAAAUGAGGGACUAUCUUAGUAAUCGAUGUGGCUUCAUUGAUGUUGUAACUCCAACCUUGUUUCGCAAAACGCCUGGAGGUGCCCAAGAAUUCGUGGUUCCAACCAAACACCCAGGCAAGUUUUAUUCCCUUGUUCAAAGUCCACAGCAGUUCAAACAGUUACUAAUGGUCGGUGGGAUUGACAGAUAUUUUCAAGUUGCUCAAUGUUUCAGGGAUGAGGGCUCUAGAAGUGAUAGGCAACCUGAAUUCACUCAACUUGAUAUUGAAAUGUCUUUUGUAAGCCGUAAAGAUGUUAUGGAAAUGAUCGAAGAAUUAAUAUUGUAUAGUUGGCCGGAAUUUUUAGAGUUACCGAUAACUCCAUUUCAACACUUAACUUAUGAAGAAGCGAUGGAGGCAUAUGGUACUGACUGUCCAGACUUAAGAAUACCAGGGAAGAUUCACAAAGUUUCACCAACCAGACGUUAUAGUGAUGAUAAUUUUGAUGAAUCAUUUGAUAUCUAUGCUACAACACUUAUUGCUAAACAACCUUUUUUAACUAAAUCUAUUAAAGAAACAUUGAGUGCUUUUUCCAAAAAAACUUAUCCAAAGGCUUCAUUAAUUCAAUUAACAGUAUCGGAUACUAGAUUAUGUGAGCUAAGAACGUUGUUUUCUGAAUGUACCAGAAUUGGUAUUGUUAAAUCUCUAAAUUUAAAGCAAGAUGAUAUUUUAUUAUUAAGCUAUGGUCCAAAAUCAGAUGCUAGACAGCUUUUAGGAAAAAUACGAGUCGAAUUAAUAAAUAUUUUAGAAUCAAAAGGAAUGCAUAUUAGAUCUUCCAGCUACGAAUUCGUGUGGAUUUAUGAUUUUCCAUUGUUUACUGAAAGUGAUUGUAAGGUUUUAGAGACAACUCAUCAUCCUUUCACUCAACCUCAUCCUGAAGAUAUCAACAAGUUGUGUACAGAUCCUCAAAAGGUUAGAGGAUUACAAUACGAUUUAGUUUUGAAUGGAUCUGAAAUCGGUGGUGGAUCUGUACGUAUUCAUCAAAAAGAACUCCAAGAAACAAUUUUAAAACUGUUGAAAAUUGAUUCUUCGAAAUUAUCAUAUUUCUUGGAAGCUCUAGGUAGUGGUGCUCCUCCUCACGGUGGUAUUGCUUUAGGUUUGGAUAGGUAUAUUUCUAUACUUUGUAAUGCAUCCAAUAUCAAAGAAGUUAUGGCUUUUCCAAAAACAAUGGAAGGACGAGACUUGAUGUCUGGAGCCCCUUCAUGCAUUUCUGAAAAUGAUGAAGAACAAUAUCACAUAAAAGUUUGCAAAACUAAUAAAUGCUGAAAGUUGUAGGCUGCAAAAGAGUUCCUCAUUCUAUGACCGUUUAUAUUUAAAUAAGCAACACGAUAUUUGAAUUUGUAAUAUAGUCUAAUUCUAUACGUGAAAGUGAUGUCUUAAAUGGAAUGCAGUGAUAUCCUAUUCCCCCAACCAAAAUUCGUCGUAUCAAUAAAAUAUAGUGUUUAGGUCAUACCGCAAUAAUUGAAGUAAAUAUUGUGAAAUACAAAUAUAGAUGCACUAGAUUACCUUCAACAGAGGCUUUAACCUCAUGAACUCAAUUAUAAAAUACAUGCCGUUAUAAUAUUUAUUUGAAAUUUUUAAAUAUCAGAGGAAAUGUAUUGUAAAACA